CCAGAUACUUGCUGUACAAAAAGGUAUGUCUAUCAUUUCUUGGGAUAAUGUAUGUCCUUAUAUACGUAACAAAAUAACCGUAGCUAGAUUGCCUAGGUAAUCUAAUUAUGUGGGAGCCCGAGUGCCGCCUGUCUAUAUGGGAAUCGUGCUACCCGCGGUCCUGUAUGGCCCCCUAUGUGGACAAUAGUCAUGACGGCCAGCACUCCCGUCGUUUUGCGCAAACCAAAGGCGAUGGGCGUCAGAAUCCUCCACGAUUAUUGAACGAUUUUCCGGCCGCUGAAAACGCACCGGGAGCUGGAUUAUGGCGGACAAUGCCCUCCAAUACCGAGGUGGUUUUAGCUGGCAAGAGUCCGGCACGCUCUUGCGUCUAUCCCUCCCAGGUGGACGCAGUCCUGCCAGUUGGCGGCAGCCCAUGAAGACAUGUCCCUUUAAAAAAAAGGCAGUCUAAUUGGUUUUAACCAACUUUCAAAGAAGGUUUCUUAAUUCGACAAUAUUAUUAUACCAUAUAAUACAAAUACACUUUAAUGAAGGUCUCGUCGUGUCCCAAUGAUGGAGCCGAAAGAUCCCCUGAGGGUUUACAGCAAUGACCUCGUAUUAUACCUCGUAAAUGGGUUGUGAUUCUCAUUAGUGAUCUGUUGCCUAUGAUAGCCAAGAGAACUUCUCAAUGGUUAACAAACCCAGCUACGUUUAGUUGAGUAUGGGAUUGAUUUGUAUUAAUAAAAACUAUAUAUUCAUACUAGCUACUCUCGCGCGGUUUCACCCGCUGCUCAGGUCCAUUUGAUCGUAGCGUGAUGUUUUAUACCCUAUAGCACCCAGGAACAUAGUAGCUAUCUAUCAGUGAAAGAAUUUUGGCAAUCCGACCAGCGGUUCCAAAGAUUACCCCCUACAUACAAAGAUACAAAUUGUACCCACUGGUAGGUUAAAAGUCGGCGCUGCAAGUCUAUAUUACAAUAUACUUAAGUUUGUCUUAAUGGUUACAGAAGUAAUCUGGGAUGAAUAUUUCAAUGAAUUUUUAUCGUUAUUAUGUUGGGAUAAAAGCCUAUAGGUACAAUUUAUUAUUGACCUAGUCUUAACUUGAUAAGUAUAAAGUUCAGAAACAUUUAGAGCUCAUAUUAUCUCUUCAUCUUAAUUAUUUUACAGGGCUUUGAUCAUUUAGACCCUU